AAGAAUUAGGUGGGAAAUGUGAAUGAAGAUGAAAUAAUAUUUUUAAGAUAUAUAACUCUGAGCCUAUUUUCUAACUGAAAUACUCGUGCCAAAUUUGCAUGCAGUAAAAAAACAACAGCUCUAUGUAAACAUACGCAAAGGAAGACACUAAAGUCAUGUCAGAGCAGAGUCUCUUACAUCACGCCCUCAGGCAUUGCUUGUACCUUCUGUGUGCAAUCCAAGCAAGGGUGUGUUUUAGUCGCACGGCAAGCUGAUAACUGGUUUGUUAUGUGUACUUUUCCACGACAGUGGUUUGCUUUUCUCAGGGGUGUUAAGCUGAAUCAUACAAAGGUCUUCCCCUGAGACUGUAGCAGAGGGAAUCCUUUGCAAUUUAGAUAAUGAACCUGAGCUGCAGGUUUGACUUUGAAUCAUCAUUCAGACUUCAUGUUGCUUUUCAAAUUCACAGUUUAACUCAGUUAUCGUGUUGUUAUACAACAUAUGUUCAUUCCUUACACUGUAAUCGUGAUUAUUUGAGGAGAAAUAGGCAAAUAGUAUGAGCACAAAGACCACCAAGCAAAUUUCACUAGUGUCAGCAACAUUUCGCUGGUAGUUUUUGUUGAUUUAGCAUUACUUAAAAGUUAUAAGAGGCAGAAAACAAAGCAAAAACACACCAUAAUAAUCAUUUUUACCUUCAAAAUAGUUUUAAUUAUAUGUGGCAGAUCAUUUAUUGAAUUAAAAUACUUGUUUUUUUCUUUUUCUCUGCAUUUCUAGAGGAAUAGUAGUUCCCUGUCAGUGUAUAACAGUGUAUAAGUUCCAGGGUGAGCAUACAAUAGCUGUUAUAAGCGUUAACACGCCACUAAUCAAUUAUAAAUGUUUAAUAAUGGUGUUAUUGUGUCAAAGGGCAUCGAUGUAGGUUAAAGGAGCUGUGUUUUGUUUCCCGCGCUCGUGUUUUGUUUAACAUUCCUUGUUGGCAUAGCAACACUCCACCCCUUCGCGUCAGUGACGUCGUCGUUUUGCAUAGCAACAAGGAUCGUCUGUGUUGUGGAGACGGCUCACUCGACACGAGAAAACAAAACAGAAAAGCCUCGACUUCUCUAGAAGUCCAUCCCAGACGUGCGGUGAACUCACAUGAACCGGGGUUUCUUAUGUCAGAGUGAGACGUCUGUCCGCUCCUGGGCGCUCUCAGACGGAGCUCCCUCCCCUCUCUUUGUCGGUGGUGUCUGCGGAGCAGCGGAAUGAAGCAGGACUCCAAACAACCCGUUCACCUUGUGGAUUGUUUGAGUAUUUUUGUUUGACUGGUUGGCAAAGAGCAGCGGCUUCUAUAUCAACAGACUGUCUGCUCUGAACAAUGUUUUUGAGGUGGUGAUCAAAUAAAUUAAACCAUUAGCAUGCAGGCCACUUGGUAAUUUUAGACGAGAGGACAUGCAUCCAGACUCCAGCACUGAGUUCGACUCAUCGUCCAGCUGUAGCACAGCAUCGCCUGGCGGGGACACCCCUGGGUGCAGCCAGCAUCCUUCUGACUCGCUUUCAUCAUCAGUGGACGGCGCCAAGGAUAUUGAGACCAGUGCAGCAGACUCCUUUGUUCCGACUGUGACUGCAAUCUCAACCUCGCCGGAUUUAAGGUGGAUGGUGCAGCCGACUGUCAUCACAUCUGUCUCUCCGUCGUCCGGCCGCGCAAAGACCAAAACUGACGGCGCGACGCAGUCGUCUUCCCCGGCGGCAGCUGCAACCAAGGGAAAGUCCUCCAACAGGAAAGGGCUCAAAGACAAGCCUUCCAAAGAGGAGGAGGAAAGGAGGAGGAUCAGGAGGGAGAGGAACAAAAUUGCUGCAGCAAAGUGUCGUAACAGACGGAGGGAGCUGAUAGACACUCUGCAAGCUGAAACCGACAAGCUCGAAGACGAGAAGUCUGCCCUCCAGACGGAGAUAGAAGACCUGCUGAAGGAGAAGGAGAGACUGGAGCAGGUCUUAGCCUCACACAAGCCAUCCUGCAAACUCUCUGCAAGCGACGACGACAAUGGUGGCGGUGAUAAGGAGGACGAGGAGGAGGAGGAGGAGGAGGAGGAUAAUGGAGAUGAUGAUAACACAAUGCUGCAGGAUCCUCCGGCCUCCCCACAGCUGCUGUCCAUCUUAGAGAAUGGAAAAACCUCAGAGAGCAACACGACCAUUGGAGAUUCCCCUAUUGGUCAAGACAUGGACACUGUCCCUUGCAUCCCUGCUGCAGCCAUUUUGGGGAACUCCAACAUCCUCCUGUGUUCAAGUGCAGAAGAGGAGGCUCUGGAGGACUUGAAAGGAGAUGACCUGGAUGAUUUGGUGCCCAGCCUAGAGAUGGCAGUGACUUCAGAGAUGGCUGCAUCUGUCCCUGACAUAGACCUGAGCGGGCCCUUCUGCCUUUCAGAUUGGGAAACCCUGUACAAGUCUGUGGCGAACGACCUUGAAUCUUUGAGCACACCAGUCAUGUCUUCCAGUCCCACUUGUAGCAAUUACCGCACAGUGUUUUCCUUUAAUUACUCUGAGAUUGAUUCCUUGGCUGAGGGCUUUGAGAGCCUCAAAGGGAGCCUGGGUGUGUCUGAGUUAAUGAAAGAUAGUCUUAACUCUCCAACACUUCUGGCCUUGUGAAUGCAAAGAAGUUAUGCAACGCAAUGAUACUGUAAUUGUAUUCUAACCAGCCAGCAAGCUAUGAUCUCUCUCCCCCUCUCGCUCCCUCUCUCUCUUAAAUAAUCUUUUGUAGUGUGCGUUUUGAUGUUGUGUAAACCUAAACAUCAAAGGUUGUGUAGAUGACAUGUUUUCUGUGACUGUAACAGGGUUGACUUCUUCCAUAGUGCUAGUGCAACUCUCCGAGACGAGACUUUGUGCUGGCAACAAAAAUGCAUGCAACUACAAGUCAUCCGUGAUCCAAGAAGAGGUGGUAUAUAAAAAUCCCUAAAUGUGAUGUGAAGUUAGAUCAUGCUCAGUAGCCUAUAAUGUGUGUGUAAUACUGUUGACAAAGUUGUGUUGUAACAAGUGAAAAUAACAGGGUUACUAAUGUGUAGCGUAUAGGUGUGUAACAUCUUGCUGUAAGGUGUCCUCUAGCUUGACAUUUCCUUUCAAGUGUUUCAAUAAAAAGAAAAAGGACCAUGCCAUGUAUUUUAUCAAGAUGUAUUUUAUGACAUAGUUUAUUUUUUUACUUAUGGAAAAAUAAUCAGAUGCAAAAAAUUCUAUAACGCCGGAAAUAAAAUAAGACAACAAACACAAACGA